AUGCCGAGCGUGGGCGUGAAGAUAUACAACGUCUUCUUCGAGCUCUUCAUCCACCACCGCCUCCGGUCACGGGCCGCCGCCGCGGGGGACCUCGACAACGCGGCCUUCAGGGUCUCCUGCCACCCCGACGAGGCCACCGCGCCGCCCAGCCUGGCCUUCUCCGCCUCCGCUGAUGGCGUCGCCUCCAAGGACCUCCACAUCGACCCCAACUCCUCCCUCUCCGUCCGCAUCUUCCUCCCCACGCCCCCAUCGUCCCCGCACGCGCAUCUCCUCUCGCACGCGCCAGCGACCCCACCCCUGCCAUCGUCGGCCCCUGCCCCACCCUUGCCACCGAGGCGGAGGCAGUCACAGCGGCCUGGAUGA